AUGGAUGGAUGAUUGCUCGUGUGCAUUGUGCAGGGGGCUGUUCGCAGAUCUGCGGUAAGCAGUUGUGCCGUUCUUGCACAGCUUGCCAAUUCACGAAGUGGAGGUUGUGUCCCGUCAUCAUAUGCAAUGAUAAUAAAUACUCGCCAGUCGAACAGAUGCGAUGUGUUUAAUGCUGCAAAUGGCAUAGACAGGAGCCCCGUUUGAAUGGAGAGUCAAACAGCGUGUUCGUGCAUCCGGUUGAAAAUCGACCUAUAACCGCUGGGCUGUUGUUGACAGGUCUGAAGUUCAUCGUUGGCUGCACGUAGGCUGCUCCGGUACAGGCUGAGCAGCAGUGCAGUGGCCAAGUUGCGGUGGCACUGUCUCUAACAGGCCCUCACUCCUGUCUCAGCAAUGGACUGUGGGUAGCCUCAAGCACCAUCUGAAGAAUGGCAAGGUUGAGGCGCAAAUCUUGCGUCACCUUAAUUGUUUUAGUGCUGCUGGUACUCAUCAUAACAGUGGUUUUGAAGUCAUUUGCGCCAGAGGAUUCUCCAUUUAGCAGCCCGGUUGGUUUCAGGCUGUCCCCAGACAACAGGGCAGGUGUGAGGAGUGACACCCGGUUUCAGAAAGACAGCAUGGCUCAAGCCAAACCUGAUCAGACCAACAUGAAUGACUCUGCUCAGUCAGAGAAAGACGCGAAACUAGAAGCUACGCUGAGGAAGUUCUCUCCUCCCAACUACAACCUGCACACCUUCUACUACACGUGGUAUGGCAACCCCAAGUUCGAUGGCAAGUACAUUCACUGGGACCACCCACAGCUGCCACACUGGGACCUCAAGGUGGCUCAGGGGUAUCCACAAGGGAGACACAGCCCACCCGAUGACAUUGGGGCCAGCUUCUACCCAGCUCUGGGGGCUUACAGCUCCAGAGACCCCUCUGUCAUGGAGGCUCAUAUGCAGCAGCUGCGCACAGCAGCAAUUGGUGUCAUCGCUCUUUCCUGGUACCCUCCCAAUAUGAAGGAUGACAACGGUGACCCGACAGAUGACAUUGUGCCUUUGCUGCUGAAUGUGGCACAUAAAUACCAUAUUAAGGUGGCUUUUCACAUUGAGCCAUACAAAGGAAGAGAUGAGGACAAUAUGUUCACUAAUGUCAAGUACAUCAUUGAAAAAUACGGAGAGCACCCUGCCUUCUUCAGGUAUCGGACCAACACUGGCAAGCUUCUUCCGUUGUUCUAUGUGUACGAUUCGUAUCUGAUGAACUCUGAGCAGUGGGCCAAGCUGCUGAAACACACAGAAAGCAGCAGCAUCAGGGACACCCCAUAUGAUGCCAUCUUCAUCGCCCUGCUGGUUGAGGAGAAGCACAAGAGGGAUAUCUUAACUGCUGGCUUUGAUGGACUCUAUACCUACUUUGCCACGAAUGGGUUUUCCUAUGGGUCCACUCAUCGCAACUGGAAGUCUAUUAAAGCUUUCUGUGAGGAUAACAACCUGAUAUUCAUUCCAAGUGUGGGCCCAGGUUAUAUUGACACAAGCAUUCGACCCUGGAACUUCCAAAACACUCGAAACCGCAUCAACGGGAAAUACUACGAAACGGCACUGAGUGCCGCCUUAGAGGCAAGGCCUGAUUUUAUUUCUAUAACGUCUUUUAACGAGUGGCAUGAGGGGACUCAGAUAGAAAUGGCAGUUCCCAAAACAAGCCAGACUGCGUAUCUGGACUACUUGCCCAACAAGCCAGCAGUCUAUCUGGACAUAACUCGCAAAUGGGGUGCAAUAUUUGGUGGAGAGCGUAAGAGGUGGCAAGACUGAUCUGAUAAAGGACCACAGCAGACAUGUACAGAUGGGUGAAAACAUUGUGCACUAGACAUGUGAAUGAAGUUGUUGCAGAAUGCACUCACAAGUGUGAAAAUGAUAAUUGUUUGGGCAAAGCCAAAGGAUUAAUGUGAAGCUUAAUACGAGUGAGUAACCACUUUAAUUUUGGCUGCAGUGAUCUAUGUCCUUUUCCUCCAUACUUGAAUGACUUAUUGUUCAUUAAUUAAUGUCCUACUACUUCUUGUUUACACAGCACUGUGCAUUUCUGGAUCAUAAAAUAAUGAGCGGCUUUGAUAAAUUUCUCUUAUACACUUACAGAUUUCAUUAUCAACUUCAAGCCUAAACUGUGCAUGGGCCUGUUUUGCCUCUGUGUAAUUUGUGAAUACAUUAAAGCCACAAUAGUCAAUAAAUUGUUCACUGCAUAAGGAAACAGAGUAAAUAAAACAUGGUAUAAUGC